UCUCUAGCGCAGUCUAUCGAACUAGUUCGGUGCAAAACCUGCCAUCACUAGUCCUUUUCACUUUAGCGAGGCGAAAUUGUCACAUUUACAUUUGACAAAAUUGCCAGUGCCAGUAGCUACACCCCAGACAUAAAAAUCCAACAGCAGCACCAAUAUGCCUAAGAAUAAAGGAAAAGGUGGCAAAAAUCGUCGUCGUGGUAAGAACGAGAACGAGUUCGAGAAGCGCGAGCUGAUCUUCAAGGAGGACCAGCAGGAGUACGCGCAGGUGACCAAGAUGCUGGGCAACGGUCGGUUGGAGGCAAUGUGCUUUGAUGGCGUCAAACGCCUGUGUCACAUUCGGGGGAAACUUCGCAAGAAGGUGUGGAUUAACCAAGGCGACAUUAUCUUGGUCGGAUUGCGAGACUACCAGGACUCGAAGGCAGAUGUGAUCCUCAAAUACACUCCGGACGAGGCCAGGAAUCUGAAGACAUACGGAGAAUUCCCCGAGUCCGUUCGCAUCAACGAGACAGUCACGUUCGUGGAGGACGGCUUCGACGAGGAUAUUGAGUUUGGCGACGAGAUUAGUUCGGAGGACGAUGCCGACUCCGUCGACAACAUCUGAUUAACGAAAAACAAAGCGACGUCGGCAGGGACGGCGGGGACGUCCGCCUCAGCAGCAGCAGAGUCAGUUCGAAAAUAGGGAAUUAACAAAUUGUAAAAAGCCAACCGCCCCCUUAUCCUGUUGCAGACCUUAAACCCGGCCUCCAUGCCACCCAUUCGAUCCAACCUAGAGAGAGCGGCAUAGCGCGAAGAAACUCAACAUAGAUAUCCGAAACAAGAACCCCAUUUAGUCAUUUUAUUGUUUUAUUCUCCGGAGUUUAUAAAUUAACUUGUGGAGUUUCAAGUGAAUACAAAAUCCAAAUUUCAUUAACGGCCGCCUAAAUCAACAAACCAACCUAUGUAAACCACUAGUAGAACUGUUACCCAGAGCAAAUAAUGCAACAAUGCGAAAAAUUAAUUAAUUUUAUUUGAAUUAAACAAAAACUAAGAAAAAAA